UUAAUAUUUGUGCCUGGUACACUGGAUUUUUAUAAAGUGAAAAUAUGAACUCCAGACUCUCAUCACUGAUCCUGCUCUUACACAUUCAAGAGUCCCUAACAAUAGAUACAUUUACUGUAACCUGUGAUGAACUGAAUAUUUGUGCUGUGAAGGGGACAGUGGUGACAGUAAGAUGCUUAUACUCAGACAUCAACAUCACAACUGGGUUCUGGUUCAGCCAGAAACAGAGAACAAACUGGAGAAACAAAGAUGAACCUGAAGAUCUGACUUUAUAUUCAGAUUACUCAAGACGAGUGUAUCAGUGGAUCACUAACAACCAAUCACGACUCACAAUAUAUAACCUGAGAGAGAGAGACAGUGGAGAAUAUCAGCUCAUGUUCAUUAUGAAGGAUGGAGUUAAACAUCUCAGCUCAGUCACAGUCAAUCUAACAGUCACAGUUUUACAGGUGAGGAUAAAUCCUGAAUCUACAGGACAGCGAGUAAAACUGAGCUGUUAUUCCUCCUGCCCUUUGACAUCUGAAAAUAAAUACUACUGGUACAAGAAUGGACAAUUUUUAAGACAUGACAGAACUAUAGAUGUACCAUCCAGUGGAAACACUGACCAUUAUUCCUGCUCCGAGUAUAAUGCAGAGUCCUCUUCAUCUGUGUGUGAGUCUGACAUUUACACAAUAAUUAACUUAAAAUGGAAGAACAAAUUUUGCCGUUUUCUUGUUGAUUCAUAUACAUUUGUGGGAAACACACUGAGAAUCAAAGACGUCAGAAGGUCUGACACUAGAGAUUAUCUGUUCAGGAUUAUCACUAACACAUCCGAUGAAGUUUCUGGUUAUCCUGGAGUCUAUCUUACUGUUACAGAUACACGAGUGAGAAGCAGCCCAGAUCCUGUGAUAGAUGGAGAAAAAGUGAUAUUAGGGUGUUCAACUGAAUGCACUCUGGAUAACAAACAUAAUUACACCUGGUAUAAGAAUGGACAACAGUUGAAUGUGUGCGUAGCCGUCCCCUGUGUGCGACUCGGACCCACUCCCGCCUUCGGGUUGGGUAGGGGCUCCCGUGCUCGACCCCGAGUGGCGGCCAUGUACGCUCGGGAGCGCGGAGACGGUCUGUGUGGAGCGGAGAGCUCCUCCCCCACCCGCACCGUCCCGCCUAGAUGA